AUCUAGAAUGGCAGAACCCAAAUUCUAAGUCAAAUGUAUUGUGGAGAGUUACUUUACAUGUCAAAUUUGAACCGCAACUCAGGUCUGGCUCUGGCUCUGGCUCAGCCUUUAUUAAGGCUUCCUUCUUAAAUUAAUUUAAUUGUCAGCUGCAGGCACUUUGCCGCCACCACCACCACCACACACACAAAAAAUAUCACAUCUCCCUCCCUCUCUUUUGAUUUCUCCGUUCAUGGCGGAACCCAAUCCUAACCCUUCUAUUGAUCCAAACAGUGGAUUCUGCGCCCAAACCAAAACUUACCACAGCUUAAGACCAAACGUUCCUCUUCCUCCACCAUCUCAGCCUCUCUCCAUCAGUCAAUUCACUCUCUCUCUUCUCCAAACCUCCACCACUGCCACUCCUUCCACUACUUUUCUCGUCAACGCCAUCACCGGUCAAGCUCUCACCUACUCUCAGUUCAUCCGCCAAGUUAACUCUCUCUCCUUCUCACUCAAGACACACUACUCUCUCCGCCGAAACGAUGUCGCUUUCAUCAUUUCCCCUCCCUCUCUCAACAUCCCCGUUCUUUACUUCUCUCUUCUCGCACUCGGCGUUGUCAUCUCUCCCGUCAAUCCUCUCAGCUCCGACUCUGAAAUUUCUCACCAAAUCCACCUCAGCAAGCCUUCCAUCGCUUUCGCCACGUCGCAUACCUCUCACAAACUCCCCUCCAAUCUGCGUACAAUCCUAAUCGACUCCCCACAGUUCGUUUCCUUAUCAAACCAGAACCAAAACGACGACGUUAACUUCAUCAAUUCUACUCUUGGAGUUGAGGUAAACCAGUCCGACUCGUCAGCCAUUCUUUACUCUUCCGGAACUACCGGCAAAGUCAAGGGUGUGUUGUUGACACACCGGAACUUGAUUGCGUUAAUUUCCGGACACUACCAUUUGAAGCCGGAAGUUAACCCAGAUGAACCGCCACCACCACAUCCGGUUUCGUUAUUCACGCUGCCUCUGUUUCACGUUUUCGGUUUUUUUAUGUUGUUGAGGGCGCUUACUCUGGGUGAGACUUUGGUUUUGAUGGAGAGGUUUGAUUUUGAGACAAUGCUGAAGGUGGUGGAGAAGUAUAAAGUUACUUACAUGCCGGUUUCACCACCUCUAAUUGUGGCUUUCGUAAAGUCGGAGUUGACUAAAAAGUACGAUCUUAGCUCGCUUUUAGUGCUCGGCUGCGGUGGGGCGCCUCUUGGAAAAGAGCUUGCUGAGAAGUUCAAGGAGAAGUUUCCCAAUGUGGAGAUUUUUCAGGGAUAUGGUUUAACUGAGACUGGAGGAGGGGCAGCAAGGACCAUGGGGCCUGAUGAGGUGAAAAGGUAUGGUUCAGUUGGUCGUCUUGCUGAAUUAAUGGAAGCCAAGAUUGUCGAUCCUGCAAGUGGAGAAGCACUACCUCCAGGCCAGAAAGGGGAUUUGUGGUUGCGAGGGCCAACAAUCAUGAAAGGUUAUGUGGGAGAUGAGAAGGCAACAUCUGAAACCUUGGAUUCAGAGGGUUGGUUAAAGACUGGAGAUCUAUGUUAUUUUGAUUCCAAUGGUUUCCUUUACAUUGUUGAUAGGUUAAAGGAGUUGAUAAAAUACAAGGCAUAUCAGGUUCCCCCAGCUGAGUUGGAACAUUUACUUCAAUCGAAUCCCGAAAUUGCUGAUGCUGCUGUGAUUCCGUAUCCCGAUGAAGAAGCAGGGCAGAUUCCCAUGGCUUUUGUGGUGAGAAAACCUGGAAGCAAUAUCACUGCAGCUCAAGUUAUGGAUUUCAUUGCAAAACAGGUUGCACCAUACAAGAAAAUACGACGUGUAGCUUUUAUCAAUGCUAUUCCAAAAUCUCCUGCUGGAAAGAUCUUAAGGAGGGAACUGGUGAAUCACGCUCUCUCUGGCAAUUUGUCUAAAUUAUGAUCCAUCUUUCCCUGCAAAAGUGAGGGUUCUUAGCUGGAUGCUCAGAAAUGCAUCAUACUAUCCAAUGUUAGGAAGUUAUUGAAGAUAUUUCAGUUGAGAGCAGCUGCAAAAAAAUUUGUAUCCAUUUGGGUCUAACCUUACCACUUCUCUUUACAUGGGUGAUAAUAUAAGGAUCCGUUCAAUGUAUUCCUGUUUUCAUUUUUUCUGUUUUUAUUCUGUGUUAUAUCUUGGAAAAUAUGCAA